UGUCUGUCUAUUUAUUUGUGUGUGGGAGUCUGUAAAACUAGUGGAAUAAAAUAUUUAACUUCACGGAAGCGUUGACUGCAACUCAUUUAAAAUUUGUGUUACUGACAAUGAGUGGUAAUGGUCAGAACCAUCAGGUACCGAAAGAAAAUGAUGAUGCUGGUGAUGGACCAGAAGAAGAUGAUGAUUUUGGUGAAUUCGAAGGAUUUGAAGGUGGAAUAGAACGAAUGCAGGCACAACCUGCACCUUCACCAUGGGCAACUUUUCCAGAUUUACUACCUGUUCAAACAAGCCCAGCUACCCCUGCAGAUGAUGGACAAGCUUCUUGCUCCAGGAUAUCAAAUGCACCUUCGCGAGAAGUUUGGCAGCCAGCUGCUCCUGUUUUGCCAUGGCCAGGACCUAGCACUAGUCGAGAAGAUCCACGACCUAUGCCUCAGCAAAUGCGUACUCUUAAUCCACCAGAUGUUUCUCUGGGCACAAAUCAAGCAGUUGGUGGACGUGUAACACCAGAUAAUGUCCAUGAUGCUGCUCUUGCGGUUGUAAUGGACCACAUGGAUGGUGGAAUGGUUGAUCCCAGAUUACCUCUUGCGCAAGCAGAUAUGUUAAAUAUACAACUAGAAAAUGCAGAAAAUGAGAGAGCUCAGCUAGAAGAACAAGUUGAUGGACUAAGACAAAGAAAUAUUGAACUAGAGCAGCAAGUUAAUAGCUUUCAUGCUCAAGUUAAUGAGCUGAAUACUAGACUACAAAGAAAUCAGGAAAUACUUGAGCAACAGUUGUCUGAAAUGAGACAGUUUAAUAAUGCUGAUUGGAGGCAAGAUCUCAGGCGAAUGCAGGAGGAAAUGAUGGCCAUUAAACAAUCUCAGAUCACUGAAAGGAGUGAAUUAGAAGCAUCGAGGAAUAUGCUAGAAGAAAUGAAGACUAUAGUUUGUAACAAAUUACAAACCUUAGAGUCAAAUUUAUAUAAAGAAUAUGCUGAAAUGGAAAAAAGGUUGUUUAAAAAAUUUGAUGACCAGUGCCAUGAAGUGAAAGAAGCAGUACAGAAUGUCAUUCAAGAAACUACACAUCAAGUCUCUGGAAAUUUAUCACAGCUUGUUUCUGAAGUUGUACAGAAUCCUAAUUGUGGAGAACACCAGGGAAAUAAUUUAUUACAAUCAAUCAAAAUAGAACUAGAAAAACAUAAAGACCAACAAAAAAGGGUUUUGGAGGAAGAGAGGCAAAAACAACUAACAACUUUGUCGUCAGCUUUACAGUCAGCAUUGCAGCAUCUAAAUAGUGCAAUCAAUGAUGAUUCAAAAUUGAAAGGUGGAGACAUAUCUUGAUAUGAUAUCUUCAAAAACUCAUAGUUUAAGAAUCAUAGGAAACUGCACAAAAUUUGAAAUUUUUUAUGUGUUCAUUCAAUUUAUAUUUGUUCAGAAAAGAUUACAUAUGAGACUAACAUCAUAUAUAUAUAUAUAUGUAGUAUCAUUUUGAGGUGUGAAUUGUGGCUGUGUAUUUUAUCACAGGAAUUGUAAAUAGUGAAAUUAUUACUUCAAAAUAUAUGUUUUGAUGUUA